AUGAACGACCAAGAGUCUCCAAUAAAUAAUAAAAUCCUCAAACUCAGAGCCAGGGAAAAUCACCAAAAGAACCAUAUCUCAAUUAAUCAGGAGACAAACAAGUCAAACAACUAUCCAGAAGCCAACCCAAGAGACAUUCAGGACAGAAAGCUCCCCAGAGAUAAAUUAUCUCAACAACUCAUAGACGGAAGUCUCCAGGAAAAAUACCGGAACACGAACUUCCAGACCGGAAAAAAUAUGCGGGGAUUAACCCCCCAGGGAGACCAACUCCAGAAUCCACACACGCCUAAUGCAAAAUCGCCUAAAUCAGGAACUACUCCAACACAAAAAGAAACCACAUGCCCAAGAGUCAAGCGCCUAAGCCUCGCCAAAUCUCUUGACCAAAGAGUCCGAAGUAUACAGAUAAACAACAGAACAUCAAGAUAUUUUGACGUAUUCUCGAUAAAUAAUAAGGCGGACCCCGAACCAAGACCAAGAGUUAACUCAGAGCCGAAGAAUAUCCAGACCAAAUCGUCACAAGAAAAGCUAAUAUUCAGGGAAGGCUGGAAUACAUCAGGGACCGAAAAUGACCAAAAAACAGGGAGGACAAGAAUACUAAAUAGAAUGAAAUCACUCAAGUAG